AUGAAAAGCAGAUUGAAACCUACGAAAAGCGAUGAGUCGAAUUCCUUGUCCACGACGACGAAUAACGAAGAUAUUCUUGCGAAACAACAGAGAUUAAAGGAAGAAGCCAAAGUUGCUCUUGUUCUUGGAGCAAAGAUGGCUCGCAUGCAAGUUCAAAUCGAACGACGAGCAUUAAAAAAGAAGAAAUCACCACUGUACGAUAUUAUUGGAAUCAAUACUAACGGAGAUAAACCGUUGACUGUUCGAAUGCUUGAAGAUAUGAAUAUUGGUCAAUUACAAGUUAUCGUGAAUGAUUUACAUUGUCAGAUCGAAACUUACAAUGAAGAAUUAGUUAAUCUCCUAAUGGAACGAGAUUCACUGACUAUGGAGCAAGAUUCUAUUCUGGUUGAUAUUGAAGAUCUAACAAAACGAUUACAAGAACGUGCUGCUAGCUUGGCAACGGAAUCGAAACGAACAUCUACGAAUGGCAAUACGCAGCGUGUUAUUGUUGUUAAAUCAUCUGCAGCACCGCAGCAAGAUGUACAGAAGAAAUCUCUUCUUCACAAUCUAUUACGAAAGGCGACAUUUAUUUAA